AUGUCCCAGUCCCGACCCCACAACGUGCAUCGGGAGGAAGCAGAGGAGAAUGGCAACGAGGAGGAGGGAAUCAAACGACAGAGGAGGGGUCGAGUGGAAUCAGAGGAUGUAGCCGCUGAGGAGGAUCACCAGGGGAACUUGCAGACGGGGUGGGCGGCACACCGGCAGGAAGCACAAGAGGUGCCCCAACCGCAACCGCCUGCGGCGGGGGAGCCGGAGGGGGUGGCGCACGCGCUGCCGGGGGAGACUGAGCCACCGGUGGGGCGGGAGGAGGUGGAGGAGCCAAUGGCGUCGACGGCGCCAACUCAGCAGGCACGGACGAUAGCUGCUGGGACGACUGGAGAUAUGCUGACGGACAACGCCGCGGCGUCGGCACCAAGAGGCGGUGACUGCGCGUCGGACACAGGGGCCCGACAAUCUCUCGCUGGACAGCGGGAGGGUGUCGAGGCGGACGGCGACGUUGGAAGGAGCCGCCACGAGCUCGGAUAUGUGGAUGGGUCCGCCCGCGGGGAGAACGAUAGACUGGCUCGUGACGACGGGGGGAGGAGCCGGCCUCCUCGUGCGCGACCAGGGCAGCGGCGGCUCGAAGUAGGGCUGGCGCCAGCUCGCCCCGGGCCUGUGAGUGGCUAG